CGAAUAUAAAAUAAUGCAUAUUAUAAUGGGUAGAUAAACCUAACAAGGAAGAAAAAGAUGGUUAAACAAUAAGCGCCAAUCCAUAAAGCUGGGGUUUGGGGGUUCUACUUUCUCUCACUAUACUCGAACCUUGUUCUACUCACACACUCUCUCGUCUCAUUCUGUGGAUAUGGUUUGAUUUGCCAUUUGUUUGUUAUCAUUAUUGUUAUUAUUACAUUUAGAGAGAGAAAAGGGAGUAGUAGAGACGUGGGGGUGGAUCCAUUCAUACAGACCCAGAUUUUACUGCUACAAAUACAUUCAUACAGACCCAGAUUGGAGUAAGAAUUGGAUCUGAAGAAAUGGGUGUGGAUCCGAGGCAGGUGUUGGCAGGAGUGCUUACCGUUACAAUGUUCGUUAUGCUGGGGAAUAUGAUCAAGCGUGACCACUUUGAUUCUGUUCAGACAGCUGUUCAUGAGACCACCAAGGCUUCGGAGCAUGUCCAUGCUAGUGGUACAAAACAGGCCGAAGGGCUUUGGAAGGACGAAGGCUUAGCUCUAAAGCCAUGUUGGGAUAAGCCAGUUUUGGAGGAGGCAGAUGAACCACAAGGGUAUGUCACCUUCUCGUUAACUAAUGGCCCUGAGUAUCACAUCUCACAGAUUUCUGAUGCAGUGGUGGUGGCAAGAUAUCUACGUGCGAUUAUUGUACUCCCAGACAUUAGGGGAAGCAAAACCAGUGACAAGAGGAACUUUGAAGAUGUUUAUGAUGUUGAAAAGUUCAUAACAAGCCUUGACGGUGUAGUGAAAGUUGUUAAAUCUCAGCCUGCUAAGUUAUCAGCACGUAAUCUUGCAGUUGUAAAGGUCCCCAAUCGGGUUAGUGAAGAGUACAUUGCUGAAAAUAUUGAACCCGUCUUCAGAAGCAAAGGAAACAUAAGGCUUGCAACUUACUUCCCUUCAGUAAACAUGAAAAAGAAAAAAGAAAAAAGUAAGACCGACUCUAUUGGAUGUUUGGCAAUGUUUGGAACCCUUGAGCCACAGACAGAAGUUCGUGAAGUGGUUGACUCAUUGGUCAAUCGCCUGAGGACCUUAAGUCGGAAAUCAAAUGGACAGUUCGUAGCAGUUGACCUUAGGCUCGAUAUAUUAGAGAAAAAGGGUUGCCAUAAAAAUAGUGGAUCAAAAAGCUGUUAUGGUCCUCAUGACAUCGCGCAAUUUUUGAAAAAGAUUGGGUAUGACAAGGACACGACAGUAUACGUGACUGAAACAAGAUGGGACAGCAGCCUCGACAAUCUAAAGGAGUUCUUCCCGAAAACUUAUACAAAGGAAAGUAUAAUGCCGAUGGAUAAAAAGGAUAAAUUCCUUGGCUCAGAAACUUCUGAAUAUGAGAAGGUUAUCGACUUCUACAUUUGUUCUGAAAGCGAUGUUUUUGUACCAGCCAUUUCCGGACUGUUUUAUGCCAAUGUUGCCGGGAAGAGAAUUGCUUCUGGCAAGACACAGAUAGUUGUUCCAGCAAGCAUUCCUGGUUCUUCCGCAUCUUCUGGGGAUUUCAUAUCUCAUUAUGUCUCAAAAAAGAAUCAUUUUGCCUAUUCGUGUUUCUGCUAGUUCUCAUGGAACUGUGUCGGCACACUCUACAGAUAUACAGCACUUUCAAAAACGGUCAUUUCUUCUGGAUCAAAUUGUUUAGGGUUAAUUUAUAAGUAGUCAAACAUAUUUGUUUUGGAAUUGUAUUGCAUUUUAUUUAAGAACAAGUAGAGACCUCUCUUGGAGGAUUCUGCCUUCGCGGUUUUGUCGUACAAUAACAGACUUGUAAGAUGUAAUAGUCAAAUGUUUGUGGAAUGGAUUGUAAAAUCAUUGUACUAUC